AUGAAUAGCAUAGCAAAAACAGAAGAAGAUUCUCCAAAGAAACCUAUCUGGGAAUCUUUGAUAGAGAGAGGAUCAUGCAAGAAGGAAGAAAUCCAAAGAAAAAUAGAGGAGAAGAAGGCCAAGGAUAAAGAAUUAGACCCUUAAUGUACUUUUAAGCCUUUCCUAAUCAAUCAAGCUUGUUAAUUAUAAAUAUCAUAUUUUAGAACUUUAAAUUAAUAAGCCUUUUCAUGA